AUGUCUUUAGGAAAUGUUGGUGGGGAUACUCCUCACAGUUUUCUCCCUCCAACCCAACAAUCAGCAAAGAGAUCAAGUUAUGAAACUUGGACCACCGAAGACAACAUACUUUUACUAACUGGUUAUUUUCACGUUAGUAAUGAUAGUGAGUUGGGGAACAACCAAAAUGGUGAAACUUUCUGGGGUAAAAUUACACAGUACGUGAAUGAGAACGCCAAAAGUGGAAAGGAGAGGAUUGUGUCUCGGUGCCAUAGUCAUUUCAAAGACAUCAACAGAAAGAUAUCCAGUUUUAUUGGCUGCUACAGUGCUGCAUGUAGGGAGAAGCGUAGCGGUUGGUCCGAUGAAAACUACAUAUCCAAGGCAAGAGAGUUGUACUUUGAGAAAAUGGAGGGUAGGGACGUGGCAAAGAAGAAAGCUAGAGCUUCCUCUAGUAAAACAUCUGUGUCAAGGAAAUCAAAGGGGGCAAUUGAGGAGGAGUUAUCUAAGCUAGUCAGUGCUCAUGAAAAAUUUGAAGAGAAAAGAUCAAGUACUGCUUCAGCUAUGAAUAACCUGGCUCAUUCCAAGAAUAUGGAGAUGUGGUUAUUCUUGAAAAACAAACCAGAUCGUGACGAUGAAGAUGAAGAAGCUUAUAAUAUGUUGAGGAAGAACCUGUUUGGAAAAUAA